AUGUCAGACGACACAAAUAAUGAGGAGUUGAUACUCACGCGAUACUUCCAAGACCAAUUCCGCGUCCCUACUCCAGGAUGGUGUGAAGAAGCUAAUCUAGCUUUCCAAACAUUGCAGAAGCUUUUGGAUUCUAGUCUUGCGGGUCCAGAAGAGGUCCUUGAUAGCCAAGAUCAAGGAGGUAUUCCAAGCGCUCGUCGUGCUCGCAUUGGCGCCCUCCCAAAGCUUGUCUGUUUUGCUACUGAAAGCCACGCCAUACAGUGUACGGCAAGAAACGAAACAUUGGAAUGCGUGGUUUUUGGAAAGAUUUCGGCAAGUUUGUUUAUCGACGUCUUUUGGGAGGCAAUUCAAAAGGCUCAAGUUGAGUAUCCGAGAAGUAACUCCACUCAUGCAACGGCUAUUCAGACGUCAGAAUGGGAAGCACUCUACACCAUGUCUACCACCACAUCGGAGCCUGGGCAAUGGUUCAAGGACUUUAAUGCAGAUUCUAAUAUUGGAAGUAAGACUUCCACUUCCAUCAUUGCCCUUUUACAACAUUCAUUAUCAUCAGUUCCUGAACCAAAUCAUGUGAAACUCAAUGCUGCAGAGAGACCGGAUCAAGAGUGUGACGAUCCAAUAAUCGCCUCGCUAUCGUCAGGCAUUGGACCAAAAUCAUUUCAAGGACCUCGAUAUCAAAACUAUCGUGAAAAUAUCAUGCAGAUAGAUUUCGUGUACUCAGGUAUCUCCUCACUGGAAUGUGGAAAAUGGUUGGAUAUGCUUGGUGGUAGAUUGAAGGAAAUGAAGAGUUCUCUCACAAUCCUCAAAUCUUCCUCUUCACCCUCACCCCCAACCCCUCCAUCUAUGGCCCCACCCCCUAGUCGAUCAAGAAGCAGAUGA